AUGGUUUGGCCUGAAGUUGAACAAGUCGCAUCAAAUCAUCGAUACGAAUUGGUUUUAUCAGGUGAUAAAUUACGAAAAUAUUAUGAAGAAAAACAAGCGUUAGAUGAGACGAUUUGGACAUUGAAACAAUUGAAUUUUCUUGAGAUCAGCCAAUGUCCAUCAAUCGAAUAUCUCUCUGGAGAUAUCGGAAAGUUAACUCAUCUAUCAACACUGACGUUAACCUCGAACAAAUUGAAAGAAAUUCCCAUCGAAGUUAAACUCCUAGUCGAUCUUCGGCAUUUGAAUCUAUCGAAUAAUCAAAUUCAACGGUUAAAUGAUGAUUUAUUCGAAAAGCUCGAUCAUUUAGAAACAUUGAAUUUAAGUCAAAAUCUUCUGGAACAACUUCCANUAUUCAUUUCUCCAACAUAUCUGGUGUACCAUCGAAUGCUCCUGAAGAGCGGCAACGACAAAUAA